AAUGCGGGAUUGAAAGAUCAGGUUGAAGCUUUACGUUGGGUGCGCGAUCAUAUUAGUGAUUUCGGUGGCGAUCCGAGCUCAGUGACAUUGCUUGGCUACAGUGCGGGUAGCUUUAGUAUUGGUCUGCAUAUGAUGUCGCCUAUGUCGAAAGGAUUAUUCCAUCGCGGCAUAAUGAUGAGUGCUUCACCGCUGGGACAGUUCGGAUACGAGAAACGACAGAAAAGACUGAGUGAUAGACAAGCAGAUUUAUUAAACUGUCCCCAAGAGCCAGCAGCCGAGUUGGUGAAGUGUCUGAAGAAGAAACCAAUGUUGGACUUUGUGAACAGCUCAGCUCAAAUGUUUGAUUUCAAUUGGAAUCCUGUCUUAAAUUGGAUGCCAGUGAUCGAAGAUGAUUUUGGACAAGAGCGCUUUUUGGUGGAGGAUCCAUACAAGACCAUACAAAGCGAAAGGCUCUACAAAGUACCACUUAUAAUCGGUAUAACGGAGUAUGAAUUCGUCGGUGGUGCCUAUUAUAUCCUGAAAAAUGAGACUACAAGGAAAUGGUUGAAUGAAGAUUUCGAAAAAUAUGCACCAAUUACACUUAUGUACGAACGUGACACGGCGCGUUCGAAACAUAUAACUCAGACGUUGCGCUCAAAAUACCUAGGAAAUUCUACCUUGACGUUUCCCGAAUCUUUGGACUCAUUUGGGAAGCUGUAUUCUGAUGGCAUCAUUAACUUUGAAUAUCAUCGUUUCCUGGAUUUGGUGUCACGGGCUACGCCCGUCUAUACGUACCUAUUCACCUACAAAGGACGUUAUAGUCAUUUCCAGUAUAAUGGUGAAGUUUAUGGUGCGGUACAUCACGACGAAUUGCUAUAUUUGUUACGAGUACCUGUUAUGACGCCUCUUUUCACGAAAAGUGAUCCCGAAAAUGAGAUUAUUGAAAAUUUAACUCGUAUGUGGACGGAGUUCGCCAAAAAAGG